CGCGUACAAUCACGUGAUUUAAACCUUUUGAUACAGCACGUGAAUGCUUAGCAAAUCACAAUUCUGGCUAACCUCAUGCGGCUCAAAAAUGUGUCAUCCUUAGGCAAAUAUUGUGUUCGCCAGGGCUCUUUAAGCUUCUUGGUCUUUCAAGAUCUUUAUUCUAUCAAACUCAUACCAUCCUUUUCUUCACAGCUACUGAAGGAUUAUAAACAGUCGCACGGGCAUCAUAAGCAACGUCUCAAUCAAUCACUUAUUGCGAUCCAUCACGAUUACCAUAGCUCACUGUCGUUCUUAUUCCAUUCGUGAGCUUCAGCAGCUCAAGGAUUUGAAGGCCUGAUCUUUGAUAAACAAAGAAAUCAACACAAUCCAAAGAUGUCGGUCGAAGUUGUCUUAGAUUCGCCUCUGGCACAUGCACUCAAUGCUUCCAUCCAACCAAAGCUUGUAGAAGUAGGAUGGAGUACUGGUGGAGCUGAUGACUCUGCGCUUUCCGAAUACAUUAUCCUCAUGUUGGUGAACGGGAAAACUCAAGAGCAAAUCGCUGCGGAAUUAUCGGGCGAUCUUUUGAAUCUUGGGGAUGAUGACCCUGGUGCAAGAGAUUUUUCGCAAUGGCUAUUUGACCAGGUUGGAUCAUUAAGCUCACAAAAUGGCGGUGGAGGAUUCCCCGAUACUGGGGUAGAGACUGGACAAGCCCAGUUUGGAGACUUAAAUGUGCCUCAGGAUGCGGAUAUGAAUGAUGCGUCAGAGGUGGGUGAUGUAAAUGUGUAUGUAAUCAUUCUUUUAAUCAGUUUAAAAUUCAGAAAUAUACUCUUGAGACCAAAAAACUAACUUGCUACAGACCAACCGGCCCCAAGUCAAUGCGAAAUGGAAGUGGUGGUAUCACUCGUCCACGGGACAAACGUAUGUUGAAUCAUUUGGCCAAGGCGAUGGAUCGCACGCAUGAUGCCGCGCUCCACCGAGUUCGACCUCAGUCGGGAAAUGAACGAAUAAACACACAUGCGCGAGUGCCCCCGACAGGGCCUAGAGGACCCGUAAAUAUUCGAGGUGCUGCUCGUAUGCAAAACGGGCGCGGGCAUGGCGGCAUGGGAGGUAUGUCCGCGCAACAUGGUGCGGCGCAAAAUGUUAUGAGCAUGUCUCCACAACAACAACUCGAACUUUAUGCUAUGCUUGAGCAGCAAUCAAGAAUGAUGGCACAAAUGUUCACUCCACAACAACAGCAGAUGAUGUCACGAGGAGGGAAUGGUAUGGGCUCAGGAUUUCCGGGACAAGGCAGGCCUCUACAUGAACGAAUGCAACAUCCUAACCGAUCUCAAAAUAAUGGAUUCCAGAAACGUCACGACCAACAACCACAAUCUCAAAACGACAACUCGAUGGAUGUCGAGAUGUCUUCUAUUGAUAAGGUCGAUAGUCUUUCCCCGGAAACUACAUGCAGGUUCAACUUGUCUUGCACAAACAAAGAUUGCAAGUUUGCGCAUCAGUCUCCAGCAGCUCCUCCAGGGACGGCCAUCGAUGUUGCGGAUAUUUGUAGUUUUGGUGCCGCUUGCAAGAAUCGAAAAUGCGUUGGGCGACAUCCAUCCCCGGCCCAAAAGAUUGCGCACCAAACCACCCAAGACUGCAUAUACUUUCCAAAUUGUAAAAAUGCUAACUGCCCCUUCCGGCAUCCAACAAUGCCAUUAUGUCGAAACGGUGCGGAUUGCACAACACCAGACUGUAAAUUUACACACGUCAAGACUAUGUGCAAGUUUAACCCUUGCUUAAAUCCGACAUGUGCAUUCAAGCAUGAAGAAGGUCAGAAGAGAGGAAAGUUUGAUGACAAGGUAUGGGUGGCGGAUGGCACGAAAGAGCACGUCAGUGAGCGGAAGUUUGUGGAUGAGGAUGGGAAUGAGGAAUUGAUUGUACCCGGAGGAGCAGCAUCGACAGACACAGGAGCUGGAAGAAAUGGUGAUGCAGAGGUGGUGGAGUAGACGGGGUAAAAUGUUUUUAUGGAUUUUAGGUGGAGGAAAUUGAUUUCAAGAAAAAAAUUGUACAACACGGGUGCAUAUGGAGUGGGAGGGAGACUAUAGUCUGGCGUUUUAUGGAUAAGAGGAUCGUGACUGGGUUCUCGGAUAUAUCAUGAUUGGGCCAUCAUAAUGAAUAGCUGGCGACAGCCAAAGCAGUUUUUAGGUAGAAUGGAUUGUUGUAUCACUCGGCACCCCAGAGCAGAAAGUCUUUGGGGCUUAGCCAAACCG